AUGACUGUCACCUCCGCCACGUGCCAACCAAUUAAUCCCAAACUGCAUUUCCAGAUGUACCUGGGAGACCAGCAGCCAUCGCAUCGUGAAAGUGCCAGUGCCACUAGCUGUCGAUCGUCGACAUCGUCGUCGUCAUCGUCGCUGUUGACUCGCGCGUGGGCCAGCAGCGGCGCUAGUUGGUUGCGCUUCUCUCACGCCGUCACGUCGUCCCCGCGGUCGCGUCGCCUCUCGUCGCAGCUCCUGUUCGCAGGUGUCGCUCUUUUCUUCCUACACCAGCUGGUGUUGGACCGGGCCAACAGGCCCCUGCAAGAACCCGUCAGCAGUGUCGCUUCCACGCCAUCUUCGAGUCUUAUAGACACGAAUACUGUCGACGUUGGGAAUAACAGAAGGCAUGACGUUGUCAGUGUCGGUGUCGGUGAUGACGAAGACAGAGGUGAUGCGGAAGAAGAGGUGAUUGCGACGCCGAUCAAGGCUAGUGUGGAGGAGCUGCGGGAGUACAUGCGGCAUUACAACAAGAUUCUCAGAAUGUUGAUUAGCAAACGGACGAGGGCUGAGUGGGCAUUUCAGACCAACACUACUGAUGAGAAUCUGAUGUGCAGGUUGAAAGGAUUCGCAAAACUGACCAAUUGGCAAACAAACGAAUGGGAAGACCACAUCAGUCUCCUGGACUGGUCCAUUCUCAAAACAGUAGACGAGCCCGAGUUGCGUCGCAUGUACGAAUUCGUUUCGGACCUGGGAAGCAAACCCAUGGAACGGGAGAAGGUUCGUCAGCGCAAUAUCCUGGAAGGGGAGAUGACAGAGACGUACAAAGACGCGGAAGUUUGUCCGUUCAACAAUCAGCACUGCGACCCGCAUGAGGACGAAACUUGGAGGCUUGAACAGAGCUUGAAGAAGGAGCUGAAGCGAUCUCAAACCCGCAAGGGAGUGCCUAAAAUGGAGUACAUUUGGAGGACAUGGCGUGAUUUGACUGGGAAAAAAGUCCGCAACCAGUUUAUCGAAUAUGUGCGAUUAUCCAAAGAAAUCGUGGAUGCCAUGGGCGACCCUAAAAUCAAAACCCAGAAAGAUCUCUGGUUGGAGGCCUACGAAUCGCCGGAAAUCGAAUUCGAGGUGCAUCGCAUUUAUGAGGAAUUGCGGCCGUUUUAUUUCGAAUUCCACGCCUUUGUUCGACACCGACUCAGUUUGCAUUACGGCAAAGACAUCGUGGACCCAAAAGGCCUCAUCCCAUCGCAUCUCCUCGGGAAUCUGUGGGCGCAGAAAUGGCAUGACUCGUUCGGCGUGGUAUCAGAGUUCCCCAAGGCGUUGCUCGACGUUACACCGAACUUGCAGAAACUCAAUUAUACGGUGAAGAGAAUGUUCGAAGUCGGAGAUCAGUUCUUCACUGGCCUGGGAUUGAUCGGAUUGGAGGAAGGAUCACCGGAUUGUUUGCAAUUGUCAAUGUUGGAACGACCGAGGGACGGACGCAGGGUCAAUUGUUAUAAUGACGCGAAGGACUUCAUGCUCACUGACCAGCUUCCUGGGGAUUUCCGGAUUAUCCAGUGCGCCUCAGUGAAUCACGCCGACUUGAUUCUGGCUCAUCAUCAACUGGGGCACAUCCAGUAUUUCAUGCAGUACGUUCAACAGCCGCCGAUUUUUCGGGAAGCCGCCAUGCCAGGCAUCUUGGACGCUAUUAGCGAAGCAUUGACGAUGUCGGUGUCAACUGCUAAACAUCUCAAGUCCAUCGGAUUGUUGGAAGAGCAUUUCCGGCAAGACAUGCACACUCAAUUGGCUUUUUUGAUGCGUGAAGCAUUGGAGAAGAUCCCAUUUUUGCCCUACGCGUACCUGAUGGAUUUGUACAGGUGGAAAGUUUUCAACGGAUCCAUUCCUAUCGACCGGAUGAAUGCUGAAUGGUGGAAAAUUGGAGCGGAAUUUCAAGGCAUUAAGCCGCCAGUGCCAAGAACGGAGGAAGACUUUGACCCGGGAGCAAAAGUACACUUUUUGCGGGGCACGUCCUACAUCCGCUUCUUCCUUGCCAAAAUUCUGCAGUACACACUUCACCAGGCAUUAUGUGAAGCUGCUGGACAAUUUGACCCUAGUCAACCCGAACUGAUGCCUUUGCACGAAUGCGAUAUUUCGGGUAGUCGCGCAGCUGGUCAUAAAUUAAUGAGACUGAUGCAAGCCGGUAGCUCGAAGCAUUGGAAAGACCUUCUGUUCGAGCUGACCGGAAGUCGGGAACUUUCCGCCAAACCCGUGCUGAAUUACUUCGUGCCCCUGCGGAAGUACAUCCGGGGUUACAUCGCUGCCCACAGGGUUCACGUGGGCUGGCCAUUGCCGUCUGACUCGGCAUCGUGAUGACCAUCAGUGAUACAUCCACAAAAGUUUGCUGCCUCUGAAUAUGCACAGGAUGCAAGGAAACGAUUCGCUUUCGGAACAUCACGUGCAGAAAUGUUUCGCUGACUUUUUUCGGGAAAAGCCUCGACUCCUUUUUUUUCCAACCAAACUCACAAACGCAUUUCAACAGCCCGGCCGCUAUUUUCUGAAAAGAAAGCCGUUCUGUAGAAAAUAGCAUUUCAACAAGAUGCUAUAAUAUAGGCCGCACCCGAAUUUUUGAAAUAUCGGCAGAUAUUUCAAAGUGCAUAUAGGCCGCAAAGACGUUCACCAUUUUGAAAGAAAAAUGCUAGUACAUUCACGCGAAUAGAAAUUGAAGUAUAAUUUGAAUUUAAAGCAUCUCCCCCAGCUGGUUCUCACACUUCACAGAAAUUACCAUCUGUAUUCGAAUUAUAACAAUCAGCAGAUUGCCAACUAAAAGAUGCGUGAAAAAUGUGGUGUGGUUGCUAUGAAUUUUAAAUGCUUACGUAAAAAGGCAAUUUGGCACGAACCUAAAAGAAAAUCUGGAAUCUGAGUCCCAUUCUUGAAGCCAGUGCGAUUAAAUGCACGAAUAUCUUACAAAAACCAGCCUCUAAUAAUUAAAAAAGCGCUCAACUUUUAAAUAAAAACAGUGCAGCCUUCCGUUGUUGCUGAAGGCAUUAAUAGUUGCAAAAUCAGCUGAACAAAUUUAAAUAUAAUCCUGUUUUCAUUAUUUUUCGAAACCGAUCGAAGUUGAUUUAAUUAUUAAUUUUUCACAAGCCCCAAACAAAAAUUGUUUCCGGCAGCAAAGUCAUAAAAAUGUAUGCUACUGUACAAAGAAAAUUCCGCCGAAGAAAAAAAAAAGUCGUCUUGCUCCGGAAAAAGCUUAGCGGCAAAACCUUUCUGAAGUGCUGAGAUUUCUUGCCAAUUCGUCUCGUGUUUUGCAUUUAGUGUCCCUGUAAAAUUACUUGUUUUUUUUACGGAAAACCGCGAGGUAAUUUUUGGGAUUUUUGUUUGUUUGUUUAAGAAAUGAAAAAUGAACACGGAUGGGUGAACCGAAGGAAA